GGGGCGAUCCCCACCUUUUUUGACGAAAUUUAGUGCGUAGGUUUGUCGUAACCGGGCGGAAAAGUUUGGAUUGUGCACUUUAGGCAGCUAAAAAUUGGACGAAAAUGGGUGACCAAGACACGGGAUAUAACGAUGAGGCGAGUGACUUUAAGCGAAAAAGUGCCCGAGAGCUGGAUCAGGAGGAGGACAGCGAAGAGACGAACAAACAGUCCGAGAAGGCGCAGGAAUACAUCCGGAACAUUUUGGCUGAACGGCUUGCGCUGGACCGCAAGUAUCCGAUUGCCGACCGACUGCUGGAAGUGGAGGUGGAAACGGUACACAAAAACGGCAAACCACCGGCCCGGCGCUACAUCGACAUUUACCGGGAGAAGCCGAUCAAGGUGCAGGUGAAGGUGCUGGUGCCGGUGAAAGAGCAUCCAAAGUUCAACUUUGUCGGCAAGCUUCUCGGCCCGAAAGGAAACUCCCUGAAGCGACUGCAGGAGGAAACGAUGUGCAAGAUGGCCAUACUGGGCCGAGGGUCAAUGAAGGAUCGCAAGAAGGAAGAGGAACUUCGGUUAGCAAUGGACCCAAAGUACGCUCACCUAAACGAUGAUCUGCACGUCGAGAUCAAUGCAUUGGGGCCUCCGGCGGAAGCACACGCCCGUAUAGCGUACGCCUUGGCGGAGGUGCGCAAGUUCCUCAUCCCGGAUAGCAACGAUUUCAUCCGCCAGGAACAGAUGCGUGAGAUGCUGGAAGAUCCAGACAUUGAGCUGCCGGUGCGCAAGGUGUACAAGAAAGCGCUCGCUCCGGCCGCCCCACCACCGUCCUCUCACGAAGUGCCUGCACCACCAUCAUCGAUGAUCUCCAAGGGCGGAAGUAGUACACUCGUUCAUCAAUCAUCUCGCACCAGACCACCGCCCAAGAAGGUGCUCUCUAUUCUCGACAAAGCACGAGUGGCCAUGGAGGAAACGCACAUUUCACGAUCAUCAAGCUUACGGUAUGAAGACUCGCGGUAUGAGCAUGAUCAGUACGAAGCAUCAUACGCGUACCACCCACCACCGCCGGCACCCAGACCAAAGUAUGAAACGAGUGACUACGAGCAUGAUUAUCGCCGAGAGUACUAUCGCGACUCGGUCUCCUCCUACGCUCCACAUAAGACGACCACGCCAUCGAUGGGCGGUCGUCACUGGAAACAAUCGGGGUACGGUGGCUCCUCAUCACGCGACGAUAUCUCCUCGAAGCAUCAUGCCGCACGCGACCUCCGCUCAUACCGACACGCACCGUACGCGCGUCCAUCGAAGUAAAUCGAAAUUCAAGCCAACCUCGCGGUCACUCACUCACUUAACUCUCCGUUGUUUGCGUACGCCUUCCAUCACAAGUGGUUACCGGUGGAAAAAAUGACCAUACAUUGGGCCAGAGUAUUGCAAAUUGCAACUUGUAUAAGCUCCAGAAAUUGUCGAAACGGGUGAAAAUGUUCACUGUUUUAUCACAACGUUGGUCAUUCUUUCGUCCUUACUCAAUGGAGAUAAUUUUUCGAAUAAGAUAGUCAACUACACUAGUGUUGUUCUUAAAUGUACAUAAAUCAUUGAAUAUUUACACCGAACUCGCUACUUAGCUCACUAAAGUGCGUCCCAAAAACGGAUGCCUCACCUAGUUAUUCCUCAUUUCAAGGGUGGAUCAACCCAAAACCACUUAAAUAAGCCGAAUUCUACUUCAUAGUCUAUGUAACGAAAGGUUUUUCAAUGUGAUAAACCCGUUUUAAUGGUAGCCUCAGUUGUACAUAAUCGUCUUAUUUAUAAUAAGUUACUACGACCAUUACCAUUAAUUGGAGACAUUCGCUAUCCAUUAUAUGAAUCGUGAAGUCGCUACGUUAAGAGCCACAAACAGAUACGUGUCACGCUGAUAGUCAACCGAACUGUUAAAUUGCAGCACUGAUUAAACAAUAUACGACAGCAAUUGAUAAUGUAAAAACUCGUAAAGUGAACGUGGACAUCGGAAAUCAUCUGGUGGCAAUACUUAGGUUUUUAUUAUUCCAAGAAAUGUGUUAUUUUAAUUAAGUACACGCUGGGUUGUUAGUUAUUACCUUUAUUUUAAUGCUCAACUUAGACUCGCGAACCAUUACAAAUAACCAGGUGAAGCUAUCCAAUUUUGGGCACAGUGUAGGAAAAACGAGGAGAGAAAAUAGCAGACGUUUAGCUGCUAAAACUGACCGGUACGCGAAGACGGAAUAUUGACGGCGAUCACUUUUGCAUCCAAAUCGAUAAUUGGAUAAUCAUUUUUUAAUAAAUUCUACAUCAAACAAUUUAAAGCGAUAUCGUUGACGUUAAAAUCAAUUAAAAAAAUACAAAAUAAAUGGUUUAUUGAACCAGCUAAAAAAAAUCCUAAACGUUACAUACUAUGAUAUCAAUGGUUAAACAGUGGAACACAAUAAUAAUAAUUCUGGCCGUAAUUUUUCAAACUAUCAUGAACUCUAUGGAGCUAAAGUACAAAAGCAUUCAAAUAACAGAAAAUGAAAAACAAUACCAUGAAACAUAAAUCAAAGUGACCCAUGGUGGUAUGCCCGAAGCAGGAGCAAAAUUUAAAGCAGAUGAAAAAUCAAGAAAGACAAUUGCAAACCGAUGCCAAACAAUGCAUAACAUUAACAUAAUAACAUUGAAUAAACUUAAAACAAUAUUAACAUUAUUGUUAACAUAGAA